CCCGCCCCGCCCGCUCCCACCGCUCCCGCCGCCGCCGCCGCCGCCGCCGCGCCCGCCUUCCGCCAGCCGCUCCGGUGCUCCCGGCAGCGGGCAGAGCGCGGCAGGGCAGCCGAGCGCAGCCGGGCCCCGCCGCGCCGCGCCGGCCGCCCAUGUGCCCCGCGCCGCCGUCCUGACCUCACGCACAAAAGGCGGGCCGGGAGGCGAAGGGCCGCGCCUGGCAGCGCCGCCCAUGCACCGUGCGCAGCCCCCCGCGGCCGCUCGGCCCCGGGCCAUGAGCGCGGCGUAGCUCCGACACCGCCGCGCUCGGCCCGGCCCGGCCCGGCGCGGCCGGGGGCAGCCGCGACCCGGCGGCGGCGCGGAAUGGCAGGAGGGGGCGGUGCCCCCUGGCGGGCGGGCGGGCGCCUGCAGCCGCUGCUGCUGGUGCUGCUGGCGCUGCUGGCGGCGGCGGCGGGCGAGGAGAUCAACGCCGAGGCAUGGCUGCGGCUCUAUGGGUACCUGCCGCAGCCCAGCCGCCGGAUGUCCACCAUGCGCUCCGCUCAGACCUUCUCCGCCGCGCUCGCUGAGAUGCAGAAGUUCUAUGGCAUCACCGUCACCGGCGUCCUGGAUGAGGAGACCAAGGCGUGGAUGAAGCGUCCCCGCUGUGGGGUCCCGGAUCAGUUUGGAGCACGGACGAAGUCCAACAUGCGUCGGAAGCGGUACGCGCUGACAGGGCGGCGUUGGAGCCAGAGCCAGCUCACCUUCAGCAUCCAGAACUACACGGAGAAGCUGGGUCGGUACCACUCGUACGAGGCUGUCCGACGAGCUUUCCGGGUGUGGGAGCAAGCCACGCCGCUGGUUUUCCGGGAGGUGGCCUACGAGGACAUCCGGCAGAAGAGGAAGAAGGAGGCUGACAUCAUGGUGCUCUUUGCCUCUGGAUUCCAUGGAGACAGCUCUCCCUUUGAUGGCCUUGGGGGAUUUUUGGCUCAUGCCUAUUUUCCUGGCCCUGGCAUGGGGGGAGACACGCAUUUCGAUUCGGAUGAGCCCUGGACACUGGAGAAUGCAGAUGUGUCUGGGAACAACCUUUUCCUGGUGGCUGUGCAUGAGCUGGGGCACUCGCUGGGCUUGGAGCACUCCAGCAACCCCAGCGCUAUCAUGGCCCCCUUCUACCAGUGGAUGGACACGGAGAACUUCCAGCUGCCUGAGGAUGAUCUCAAGGGCAUCCAGCAGCUCUACGGUACCGCAGAUGGGCACCCUCAGCCCACCAAGCCUUUGCCCACCGUGACACCCCGGAGACCUGGCAGGCCAGACCAGAGGCCCCCCAAACCUCCCCCUCCGGGGAAACCAGAGCGACCACCCAAACCUGGCAGCCCAGACCGACCUGACCAGUACGGCCCUGACAUCUGCGACGGGGACUUCGACACGGUGGCGGUGCUGCGUGGGGAGAUGUUUGUGUUCAAGGGCAAGUGGUUCUGGAGGGUCCGGCACAACCGAGUGCUGGACAACUACCCCAUGCCCAUCGGGCACUUCUGGCGGGGCCUCCCUGGGGACAUCGAUGCUGCCUAUGAGAGGCAUGACGGGAAAUUCGUCUUCUUUAAAGGUGACCGGUACUGGCUCUUCCGAGAAGCCAACCUGGAGCCUGGGUACCCACAGCCCCUGGUCACCUAUGGGCAGGGCAUCCCCUACGACAGCAUUGACACGGCUGUCUGGUGGGAGCCCACGGGACACACCUUCUUCUUCCGUGGGGACAGAUACUGGCGCUUUAACGAGGACACACGCUCGGUGGACCCUGGGUACCCAAAGCCCAUCUCUGUCUGGGUGGGCAUCCCUCCCUCACCCAAGGGAGCCUUCCUCAGCCCGGAUGCCUCCUCCACCUACUUCUACAGAGGCACUAAGUACUGGAAGUUCGACAAUGAGCGUCUCAAGACGGAGCCAGGCUAUCCCAAAUCCAUCCUACGGGACUUCAUGGGCUGUCACACGGAGCUGGUCCCAGACCCCAAUCCCCGCUGGCCCGAUGUGGACCGACCCCCCUUCAACCCUGAUGGUGAUGGGGGGACUGAAGGUGAGGAGGAGGAGGAGGAAGAGGAAGAUGAGGAUUACAACGAGGGAGACGGCCAGCCAGGCAGGGACGUGGACGUGGUGGUGCAGAUUGAUGAGUACACACGCACCAUGAGCGUGGUCAUGGUUCUGGUGCUGCUGGUGCUGCUGCUCUGCAUCCUGGGCCUCAUCUACGUCAUCGUCCAGAUGCAGAGGAAGGGCGCACCCCGAAUGCUCAUGUACUGCAAGCGCUCCUUGCAGGAGUGGGUCUGACCCUGGCUCCCUCCCCCAAAUGCCCCUGCCACCAUGGUGCUAAGAUGAACCUGACACCCCCUCCCCCUGACACUACAGCCUCAGCCCCUCUACCCCAUUGUUGCUUGAUGGCUCCAGCCUCAGAAAAGGGCGGAUGCCCAACCCCCCCAGCCCGUCCAGAGCAGCCGGGCUGGGACCGGGGAUGGUCAUGGGGGGGCUGGAGGGCAUCCAUGCCCCGCCUGCUGUCUAGUGCCUCUGCGUCCCCCUAGCCACCCCUCAGGCUGCCACCCAUCACGUGCCUGCAUCUGCCAUGGGUCCCUGCAGGGUCCUUUCCUCCUGUGUGAGCUCGCUGCAGCUUGGCUGGUGAGUGGGGGCUGUUCACAAGUGCUGCGGGCUGGCAGGUCUCAGCCGCUGGCACCUGCAGUGGUGGGGAAGGGAGGGCUGAGCUCAUGGCUAUGUUUCAUGGCUAUUAUCCUGUUGAACCACGGGGAUACAGGGAUGUGGUGCCUAAGAGUUGGGAGAUGCCAUUUCUGCAACCCUGCUGCUGCUGCCACUGUGGGACGAAGCCCUGGCACACAGGGCCCUGUGGGCAGGGCAGCGGGCACGGCCGCCUUGUAUGUCCAUUAAACGGGUCGGGUGUGUGGA